AUGCAGUCCGGAAUAUCAGCCUCGCAGGAGCUGGUCUCCCAGUUCAAUGAGCUCCUCGCCUCCGACAGGCACUUUGGUCUCCUCGCUACCAUCUCGUCCGAGAAGCUGCAGCCUCUAACGCUGCUGACAGCGUCAUCUCCCGGGAGCUCUUUCUCGUCCAAUGUCGACACCCUCCUCCAGCCGCACAUCAAGCCUAAUGAAGCCCUGUACAUCAUCCUACGCCGGUAUACGUCCACCCCGGCCCUCGUUGCCGUGACGUAUGUGCCCGAUCCCGCUCCGGUGCGUCAGAAGAUGCUGUUCUCCUCGACGCGCCUGUCUCUCGUGCGCGAGCUGGGAAGCGAGCACUUCCGCGAGACUAUUUUUGCGACCACUGCCGAAGAGCUCACCAGCGCCGGCUUCGAGAAACAUGACGCACACACGGCAUUGGAGGCCCCUCUUACCGAGGAGGAAAGGAGCCUAGGCGAGGUGCGGCGCGCCGAGCAGGAAGCUGGAAUGGGUACCAGCACGCGCGAGCUCCAUCUGAGCAAGAACAUGGCCAUGCCGGUUGCAGAACCUGCCAUGGCGGCCCUGCGAGAGCUGGGUUCGGGGACUGACAGAUCCUUGGUUAUGCUAAAAAUCAACCCCGACUCGGAAUCUGUCGAGCUCGUUCCCAACGAGGCAACCCCUUCCUCGAUACCAGAGCUGGCGCAGGCAAUCUCGACAACGGAGCCCCGCUUUACCUUUUACAGGUUUACGCACUCGUACAACGGCAGCGAGACCAGCCCGCUUCUGUUUCUCUACACAUGUCCCAGCAACCCUAGCACCAAGGCGAUCAAGUUCCGCAUGAUGUACCCGCUGAUGAAGAGGGCCCUGUUGGAUAUUGCCGAAAAGGAAGCGAGGUUGCUUCCCGACAAGAAGUUUGAAGUCGAGGAGCCGAGUGAGAUCACAGAGGAGGCAGUUCUUGCCGAGUUGCAUCCCAGAGCCGAGGUGAAGAAGGGGUUUGCCCGUCCCAAGCGGCCAGGCCGGUGA